AUGUCCGACACGUCAGAAGACACUCUACAGUCCGAGAAGGAAGAUAACAUCUGUCGGGACUUUGCUCGAGGAUUGUGUGAUCGUAAAUUCUGCAAAUACAAACAUGAGACAGAUCCUAAAUCGUUGAAUUUUUGCCAUGAUUACCAGAAUAGCAUGUGUCCCAGGCCACACUGCAAGUUUAUACAUUGCGGCUUAGAUGAGGUAGAUGAAUACAAAAGAACGGGUCAAAUGUCCACUCAAAUAUUGGCAGAGGCGACCAGAAAAAAUCAACUUCCCGGGAUUCCGCCAAUAUGCCAACAAUUCAAAAAAGGCAUGUGUCGUCGGAAUUUUUGUAAAUAUAGGCAUAUUACUAAGGAACAAGAGGAGACUGAGAUAUUAGCGAUGAUACAGAGCGAGCAAACUGCUGUAAUAAGUAAUAACCCCAACGAGAUUCCGUUUAAUGGUAUAGAUGCCUUUGCAACCACUAACGGUGGUAUAAGGAGGAAUGGUGUUGAUUUUGAGGAGUACAAAGAUAAUGGCCUUUCAUGUCCGAAAAGACGUUUUUUACCCCCUCAAGAACAAGAUGUGUUGCAAUACGAGGUGAACCAAACUAAACCAUCUUUCAAAGGAUAUUACACCGGAAGUCCACCUUCGCCUAUAUUGAACAGACUCGACGCAAGGACAUUUAUGUUGGAAGAAGAAAACAGCAUGUUACACAAAGAGAUCGCUCAGUUAAAGAAAAGGGUGUCGGACCUAACGGCCACCAACGAAUUCCUGUUGGACCAAAACGCCCAGCUACGCAUGGGCGGCAAACGGCCUGGGAACAUCGGUCGUCCAGGUGGGCCGGACCCGAGCAGCGCCGCCCAAGCGGUUGCUCAGGCAGCUGCCCAGCAGCAGGCCACCGGAACUGUCAUUGCCAGUGUUGCCACGGUGCCCGUCUCGCUAGCCACUGUCUCCACGUGCAAUCCGGUGUCGGGCAACCAUUCGGUGAGCAUUGCUGGAUGCCCAACAGUUAGUAUUGCACCAGCUGCCGCUGCUCAAAUUUUAGCACAACCGAGUCAGCAAAUCUUGGUAACAACCAACCCGACGUCGCAGCUCGCCAUAGCUGCAGCAGCAAACAGUUCCCAGCAAGCGCAGCUGGCUCUUGCCCAGCAAAAUCUUGCUAACAAUCUGCAAGCACAGCCACAGUUGACAUCCCAAGCUCAACUGGCACUUGCAGCAACUACUACGCAACAACUUACAUCACAGGCACAACAAUUGGCAUUAGCCAAUACACCUCAACAACUUACAAUGGCCAACGUUCCGCAACAGCUGGUUUUAGCUGCCAGCACUAAUCAGCAACUGAUCGCCACCCAAACAAUCGCUCCCGAUAUGCAUAGAUCCGCAGCCAAUGGACAAACCCAGGGGAUCAACACCUCGCAGGCGAUGGCCGCAUCACAAGCAAUGGCAGCGUCGCAAGCGCAACCGCUGAUGUCUUACCCUAUUAUCACACAGCAGAGUAUCAGUCAUACGUUGACCCAUUGAAAUCCGGUAGUCAGGUUAUUUUUGUUGCUAGUGCAUUGUUUCAUAUAGUGAGGAAGCAGACCUAAGGGAUCAACACUUCGCAUGCGAUGGCAGCGUCACAAACGAUAGCUGCAUGGCAAACGCAAUCACUCAACAUAUGUCAUACUUACAUUGACAUGUAGAAAUCCAAUAAUCGAGUCAUUUUGCUAGUACGGCCUUAAUGUUCCGACGUAGCGAAUAGACAGACCCAGGCUAUCAGCACCUGGUGGGCCUUAACAGGGUCCCAAGCGAUGGCUGUAUCACAAGCAGUACUACCCUAAGACAGCACAGUAUACGUUGACGAAUUAACAUCCGGUUAUCGUCUAACAUAGCGAACAGGCAGAUCCAGGGAACAACGCUUUGCAGGCGCUAGUUGUGUUGCAAACACAACCGCUCAUGUUUUGUCCUAUUAUCACACAGCAAACAGUCAUAGUUUGACGCAUUGAAAUUCAAUGAGUCAUUUUUGGUAUUGUGAAGUAUACGAGGCCUGUAAGUUAAGUGAUGAGACUAUUUUUUUUUUAUUCAAGUAUAAUUACAGUUUUAUAUUGUCACCUUCAAGAUAACUUCUUUCUGACGGCACACAGCGCUGGUAACGUUUCUUCCACUCCUCUUAGCAGUGAUGGACUCCGAUACUGGAAUAGCCUUCAGCUGAUCAGUUACAGCCGUUCGAAUGUUUUCGACUGUCCCAAAAUAAUUUCCCUUGAGGUGACUUCGGGAAGAGAAAAAAGUUACAAGGACUCAAGUCAGGUGAUUAAGGACGCUGAAGAGCCACAGGAAUGUUUUUACUUGGCAAAAACUCGUAUCGAUAUUGCUGUGUGACAAGGAGCAUUAUCGUGAUGCAAAACCCAGUAGUCCUUGAUCUGAUGAACGGUAGUUUGUCUCUUCCCUGAUCAUCCUGACUGUCAACCGACGAUCUGAAUGCAUAAGAUCCCGGAGUAUGUCGAUAUUUUCAUCAGUUCUUUGAAGAUAAAGGCCUUACGCUUCGUAGUUCAUUUUCAAUCGACUCUCUCCCUUCCAAAAAAGACUGAAACCGCCGAAAAACCUGGACUCUUGAUAAAACCCUAUCUUCGUAUGCCUGCUAAAGUUUAGCAUGAGUUUCCGUAUCACCAAGUCCGAAACAAAACCUGAUAGCAUACCAUUGCUCGAAAUUGAUGUCACUCAUUUUUAGAACACAAUAGGAAAAACUGUUUAACAAAAAAACUCGCUUCGGACGACCAAAUGGCUCUCGCGAGUUCAAACUUGUACUGAAGGCGGAUCACAUGUUCCCCUGUCUCGUCUGCAAGCCCGGCGCCACCAGUGUUGCCAGAUCGAACGCUACGUUAUCAAUCUCAUCACUUAAUUUAUAAACCUCGUAAGAUAGGUCUCUAUAGUGAAAUCUGUAUCGUGUGGGUCAUCUGAGGCUUGGCAAUUGUGCAAAUAUUUCUCUGUCAUCAUUUGUCAGAUUAAAACAGAAUUGUUAGUUUAUAAUUCAAUUUUUUCCUAACCUCAAAUCGACUCAGUGUGUUACUUUCAUUGUUAUCUGUUUAUUUGUCCGAUAUCCGCUGGGUGACACUGUCAUCUCGCGCCCCAUCGAAGAGCGUUGCUCCUCUAGUUGUUCAACGUAUAUCGAGGUAUCUGUAAAGAACGGUGGUUGAUUCGACCCAGAUCGGUGGUUAGUUCGACCCAGAUCGGUGGUGUGAAGACUCAAAGUGUUGCCCAGUUUAAUAAAUAAAAAUUUAAUUUGUAGUUUUAAGGAUAUGAUUCCUGUACAUCAGUACAGAUCUGUCGUAUUCUUGGCAUGUAUUUCUGAUUAUCUCAGGAAUAUGUAUUUAACGAGAAUCGUUUACUUAUAGUAGUCAGAGUUUGAGCACAAUGUACAAGUUUGAUCACUGUGGCGUAGAUACCUCGAGUGGCACCCGGUGCGGAAGUUGGUGGUGUCACCCCAUCGAAAGUCAAAAGCAGUACAUUUUAUAUGAUUUAUAAACGUCAUGGAUUUAGUAUUUAUAUUUAAAAUAUUGAACAAAUAACAAAACUCAAUGAAAACUAAGACAAAAAAUAUUCUUAUCCUACAAUUAAAAUCUCUUCUUUCUAGCUUUGACAGCUGCAAACUCGGAAAUAACUUCAUCAAAAUUUAUCUCGUCUUCGAUGGCUAAUAUACCAAGAUUGCAAAGCGGCGAUUGCGUCACUGUUGCCCGCAAAUAGUUUUUUAUUAAUUUUAGUUUACUGUCAUGAACAAUUUUAGGGCAACCAUAAGAUUUGGAAGAGAUUCUGUAAAAUCCCAUUCUACAAUAAACCUUAAAAAAUCCAUAGAUACCCAAUCAUAAACUUUAACUUUAGGUGUCUUCGCGUCUUGGUAUCUCCAAAAGUAAUUCUGUUUCUGAGACCUCAUCAUAAAAAUCAGUAAAUUUGGAUGUAUCUGAUUUAAGUUUUUCAGUAUUCGCAAAGUAUUUGUUUGUACGAUCGUGAACAAUGAAGCUAGGUCUUGAAGAGACUUCGAUCUUGUCUGGAGUUCAACUCUGAAUCGGUCAAGACAUUCCCACAUAUGUUUUUAAAGUUCUUCUUUCAGUGUGAGUCUUGCAUCACUGGCCAUCUCACCAGCCACCGUUUUUUACGAUGAAGUCGUCUUUCUGUUGGAAUAUCAUAGUCUUCUGAUUUUGGGGGAAUCCCCGAAUUAUACAUAGAGCUGGGCUGGUGCUUGUGGAGGAAUCACCGAAGUAGACAACUCUGCUGGCGAUUUAAUUUCUUGUUUGUUUGUACAUUGUUCUUAAAGUUGAGAUACCGGGUGGGUAUCACCCCAAAAAAGGUGACACCCAGUGCGGCCCGCCAACGCCUCCCACCCCUUGCUAUGCCGCUGCACUGCAUAUUUUAUAUUUAUUUCACAUAGAACAAAAAUUACAGCAUGUUUCUAAGAAUCACCAUUGAUUUUAACCGGCAUCAGUCGAAUGAGUUAUUUACGUAAAUAAACCAGGAUAUCUAGAACUUGAGUUUAAAAAAUUGUAAUAAGUUGGUUUACAACGGAAUUAUAUUCUUGAGGGUAUACGGAACCACUUUUUCGCGUAUAUUCAGAUAGUUCUGAACUAUUGUGGUCCAAAAGAAAUUGUGAAAAUACCUUCAAAAUAAGAUCUGACACGACCAAUUUCCCUAAAGUUUGAUUUAUUACAAAAAACGUCAGACAUCGUAUUUUCUACCUUUAUUUUUUACUGGAAAAUGCAUAAUAGUGAAUUUGAAAUAAUUUUCAGAAUAAUGGCCUUUUUUGACGAGGUGUCCAGAGACUUUGGAUCAAUCAUAUGGCUUCACAUUUGCUAGAGAUUUAGUUUAAUAUUACAAGAGGCUAGAGUACAUCUAUUUUGCCUUAUAAACAAUUAGAAUAAGUCCGUUGUUUUUUUUAUAGUCGUAAUUAUGAUGCUCACCACUGAAAAGCUUAUGAAACAUACACACUGAUGAAAAAAUAUAUGAUUUUUAUCCCUUUGAAGCCGAAAUACCAUUUUUAAUCAAAGAAUCAACCUCAACGUCUGUUACCAACAUUAAGGGUCUCAAUAAAACCCACGUAUAAAAAAAGAUUUGAAGUUUAUUAAACUGCCUGUUCAAAACUGUAUGGUUUCAUACAUUCAAUUACAAACACCUUACCAAGAUGAGGCAUUCUCAGCGCAUUCAAAUUACGUGUUUGUUUUUGGAGUCAUAGGUUAUGCUCAGUAUUCUUAUGCAAAAUGCUUUUUUUGUUUUUAAUGAGUUUAUUUUUUCUUCAAAUGUAUGUUGCUUUUGAGAAAUGGGAAUUACGACUGUCAAAAAACAACGGACUUAUUCUAAUUGUUUAUAAGGCAAAAAUAGAUGUUCCAUUGGAUAUUAAUAUAUAUGAAGCGAUUUGAUUAAUCCAGUGUUUCUCAAAAUUUUACCAUUCGCGACCCAAUUUUCAAUAAUUAUUUUCAAAUUUUGGGUUUACAUAUACUGAAGUCAAUGAAGAAGAGAUGCUUCUGUGUAUCAUUUGUUCAAAAAAAUUAGCAGCAGAUAGCAUGAAACCUAAUAAACUUAAAUGACAAUUGAAACCACUUCAUAGUGAGUACAAACCCCGAGAAUUCUUCGAGUUAAAAUUAAAAUCAUACAAAAAGCAAAAAUCAUUUAAAAAAAACUUUUUGAAUGAAAAAGCUUCACUUGCCUCUUAUAAAGUUUCAUAUGAAAUAGCCAGAUGUAAGAAGCCUCACACUAUUGGUGAAGAGCUUAUUUUGCCAGCUGCAAUUAAAAUUGUAGAAACUAUGUUUGGAGAUAAUUUUAACAAUAAAAUGGGGUCCAUACCUUUAUCAAAUGUACAGCAUCAGCUACUCGCGGAGUUGCGAGACAAGUUGUUUUCAGUUCAGCUUGAUGGGGCAACGGACAGCAAUAAAGAUGCUCAUCGCAUUAUUUGCUAUCUUAAAUUAUUAUAUAAUCGAGAGUGGAAGAAUUGCGUCGGAACAUGCACCGAUGAGGCUCGUUCAAUGUCAGGAAGAUUUGAAAGUAUACAAGCCCUUGUAAAACAAAAAUUUGCCAUGUACAUCUGGAUACAUUGCAUGAUUUACAGAGAAGCUCUGGCUUCCAAAGAAAUGUCUCCUGGCCUGAAUAUUGUGCAAACUACGGUUGUAACAGAAGUUAAUUACAUAAAAAUGAGACCUUUGACAACUAGAAUCUUUUCUUCUGCACUUUGUAAAUAUAUGGAUGCAGUACAUUCAGAAUUCAAAAAUUCUAUUGCGAGGCAAGAUAGUUAUAACGUGGGAAAUGUUCACAACGUGUUUUUGGAUUAAGACAUGAAAUCGCCGUUUUUCUAGAAGAAAACCGACCGCAAGCCGAGAUGGUUUAUUUCUAAUGAAAUUGAGCUACUUGGUCGAAAUAUUCGAGAAACUAAAUACAAUCUUGAACCUUCAGCUCCAAGCGGCAAAUACACAUAUAUUGGACAUGAGUCAUAAAGUUAACGCUUUUUGUAGAACAUUGGAAUUUAAAGCAAAAAAAGCUGGAAAUGUUUGCAAAUGUGUGUAUUAAAACUUACAAGGUUGAAGAACACAUUAAAGUUGUUUUCAUAGCCAUUGAAAAUCAUUUUAAAAAAUAUUUUCUUGCCGACGACAAAUUAAAACUUAGUUACGAGUGGGUUAGGAAUCCGUUUCAAAUUACUCCCGAAGGGCUCUCAACCACCGAAGAAGAAAUCUUCAUAGAGUUGACGGCAAACGCCGAAAUCAAAAAACAGUUUCAUAUAAAUCCCUCGUUGAAUUUUGGGCAGGCUUGAAUGAUGAGUUUUCGCCACUAAAAACCAGAGCGUUUCGUAUACUACUACCACUUUCAACAUCUUACCUCUGCGAAACAGGAUUUUCGGCAGUGGCUGCUUUGAAGACUAAAUAUAGAUCGCUGGUAAAUAUAGAAAAAGUACACAGAGCGUCUAUUUCAAAUAUUAAACCUUGUUUCGACAAGCAAGCAGGCCCAAGGGAGUAACUAUUAAUUAUUAUUUUUUACAAUUAAUAUUAUUAAACUUAUUUUUAAUUUAGUAUUGAUAAAUACAGUCCUGUUUAUAAGUGCACCGACUAUAUCAGUGUUAAUGUGUAUUUUAUUUUUGAAUAUGUCAGAAUUUUGUUUUUCUUUCCUUUUAGUAAAUUAUUCAAUGUUUUUUUGAUAUCGAUGGUGUCAAUGCAAUACCUCGUACCUACGAAAUGUCAAAAUUUCAGGAGACAAUGUUUUGCAUAAUAAUUAAUACUUGCAAGUGUUUUAUUUAGUUUAACAUUGUUCUAGGCCUCUAAACAAGCGAAAAAAUUAUUAUUUUAAGUUGUCUUCUAAGAAAUAGGUAUUUAGUAAUUAUUAUGUGAGAUACGAAGUAUUGCACAAAAUUUUUCGUCAACUUUGGAACUUACGAGGUAUUGUACUUAUAAUGAAAACCCAUUUAGAUUUUAGAACAAUUUUAUCUCAAAUCCAUUAAAAUACAAAAUAAAAGAUACACAAAAACUAUAUCCAAGUUACAGUAAAAAAAUGAACAGGAAACAAGGAAAUAUAAAAAUAAUAAAAACCUAUUUGAAAGGUAAACUGUCAUAAAAUGGCCAAUAAUUUUGACCAAUUUUGGUUUUUAUUUCUUGUAAAUGAUCGUAUUUCUUUCUUUGCAAUUGGCAGUUUGUGCUCAAACAAUUGGAGAAAUUGGUUUAUGUCGUUUGGGGUCCUUCUUGGACGAUGAGGUAAUUCUGCAAACUCUUGGUCGAAAUUAAUUUUGUAUGUUAUCAAGCCUUGUUCAUACUGCAGUGCCCUUAUCUGCGUGACUGUCGGAUCAUUGGAUUUUUUACCAGGGCGGAUUGAAUAGUAGACCAAAUCGGCACUAUAGUUUUUGAAAAAAGUAAAAUCUGGAGUUACGACUUCAUAAGGAAAUGGGUUUUGACGCGCUUCUCCAGUAAGACGAUAGUAAUCAUUUGGUAUUUCGAUGUUCUUAUUUUUUAGCUUUCUUUCAAUAACAGCAUGAACACUAUCACAUUCCAUUUGAAAAUGACCUUUAAUCAAGAACUUCUGAGUUAUUUGCACAUUAUAUUGGCGUGAUAGACUAAGCAGAGCAUUUGCCAUGGUACUGUUUCUAUUCUGAUAUGUGCAACCAUCAGAAUAAAUUAUUAUUGGUUUUAUGUGGGCUGCAUUUUGAAGAUACUUUUUAACGGCUUGCAGAUCUACUGUAAUAACAUGACAGACUACCUGCAUUGCUUUUUCUUUAUCAUCAUUUUUUUCUUUUUGAGCUCUCUCUUUGUCUGUUCUAUGUUGUUCCCAGUCUUCUAGGCUUAGAUUUUGAGAUUCAUACUGUACACAUGUAUCACACCGAUCCUUGCGAGGCUUGAAUAUACCAAUAUUCUUUUUAUGUACCCACUUUAUUAAUGUAUUUCUACUGGCUGGUGCUGUGUUUUGUGUUUUUGAAUAAUCCACGAAAGCUUUAUAUAAGUCUGAGUAACUAGAAAACUCAUGUUCAAGGUACAACUUUGUAGUGUCUUUGCGACAAUAGUGACUAGGAAGCUUUGGCAAUUUUUCUAGAAAUGUUGUUAUAAAUGAAUCAUUUUGGGAUUUUCUGGGUAAUCUACGACUGUUAGUUUCUGCUCCACUGGAAGGUGUACCGUAAUGCGAUGUCUCCACCCAGCUCUUUACACUCCAUUCCCCAAGCCCCAGAGUUCCCAAAAACAUUUUUUUACAGACGGGUAUAAGCUUAUCACCAACAUUCAAGCUAUAGUAUAGGGAGCAGGAACGUCGAGAAUUUUCAUCUUUUGUUUUUCUAGAGGUCUCCUGUCUUGAAACAAGGUUGCAGACAUAUACCUUCCUUUGGUCCCAACUCAGGUUCUUCCAAAAAGCUGUAAACAUUUCUUUUCGUGCUUCUUCUCUGAUUUCAUUACAUUUUCUUUUUGAGCUGUUCUUACAGGUUUCUGAGUUACACCUUUCGCCUUGUUUCCGCUCUUUCUAUAUCUUGAAACGUUCUUUUUCUAUUUCGUGGUCGCCUAAAUCCUAUAUAAACCAUACCCUUCAUUCUAAGUUCCUUAUUUCUUUUGAAUGACACAUUGAAAUUUGAUUUAUAUGAAUAGGUGUAUCUUCAGCGGAAAUGAUAUCCCACUGUACCCUUGUCUCUUCUAAAACACCAUUUUGAUCGGCAAACACACUUGAGGAACCUAUUACUGAGUGAUUAUUUAUAGCAUCUAGGCUGAUGUCAUGGAUUACAUUCUGUACAGAAAAUGGCACUAUUUCAUGUUGGUUGGUGUCUAAAUUUUCAGGCAUACUUGUAGUAGGAGAACCAUCGUUCAGAUUUUCGGCUACUGCUGGUUCGAAAGCGUGUGAUAUAGUGCUAUUCUGUAGUUCGAGAAAAUCUGAAUUUAGGACUACGUGGUUCCUCUAAAUUUUCUCUGCUAUCCACAUUAUUGUCUGUAUUAUCAAAAACCAUCUCUGCUUGUCUAUUAAUUUUUCAAAAUCCAUAGUUUGCUGCUCUUGAGUUUCAGAAAUAUCUGAAACAAUAUUUUUCCAAUCAAAAAACCUAUAGGAGAUAAUUUUUCCUCAAGUACUACUAUGAUUUAGGAAAAAAGUUGUUCAUUUAUUUCACACAUGACCAACUAAAAAAAGUAUCCAGUAAUUUAUAUAAUUAUUAUAUUUAAACCUUUAAUAGGAUGGGCGAGGAGGGUGAAUUUUUAGCCGUCACAAUGUUUUCUGGCAUUAUAAAAAUGUAAGAGAAACGAAGGGAAAGCAUAACUGAUAAGAAAAUAAGACAUCAAAUCAAUGGGAACUUUCAUCUAAUCCUAUGGUAUACAUUCUGUUAUUAAUAUAUAAAUAAUUAUAACUUACUUGUGCUUGACAAGGACGCAGCUUGGCACAUUUCCAAUAUUUUUUUGCCACGCAUCUUGCAAUUUUUGAUCUAUAACAAAAAUAACAAAUUGCAAGGAGAAGCACUUAUCUGACAUGCAAAUUCAUAUUUUGACAGGUCAAUAGCACGUAUCUACGAAACAACUACUCGUAUCGCUAGGCAAUAGCUUGUAUCUUCUAAAUAAGAAAUAUUUUGUCAAUUUCAAUGCCACGUAUCUGCCACAACUACAUAAUACAAGCUGAAACAACAUUAAUUGCUACUUUUCUUGCCAAAUAUGUAAUACAACUACAUGUUUAAUAUAUAUACUAAUACCUACAACAAUUAAAUCAAAUAUAAAACGAUUUCUUACCUUAUUUUUCUGCGUUAAAGCAUCAACACUCUACAGAAGACGCCAUGUUUUUAGAGAUACGAGGUAUUGCACAAAUUUGAGCGGGAAUUAUGGGUAAAUGCAAGCCAAAAAGGAACCGUUUGAUUGUUCAGCACUAUUAUGCUCUCUAGCUCUUUGUCUAGAGCGGGCAAUUCAAAUUUAUCAAAAAAUGGAGAUACGAGGUAUUGCCUUGACACCAUCGAUAUGCUCGCUGGAUUAAUCCAAAGUAGCUGGAUAGCUCAUCUUUCUGAAAAAAAUAUGUAACAAUUAUUAGAAAAUUGCAAAAUUUUGUUUAUGGAUUUUAAUCACUACAAGGGCAUUUUGGCUAUUAUUCCAGAUUUACCGACAUGUAUGUAAGUAGUAGUAGUUUUAGUAGUAAGUAAGAAAGUGUAUAAAUCGACGGCUUCUGAUUUUUUUUUGUAAUAAAUUCAGCUACGGCUUGAAGGUAUUUUCAUCCACUUAAUUAUUUUGGACCACCUCCAGUAAUUUACAACUAUUUGAAUAUAUGCGAAAAAGUGAUUUUUACAACUUUAACGUUUAUUGAAAAAAAGUUAUCCAGAAUUUUUUUGCUUAUCUCGCGAUAUAUCAUAUCAUAGAUACUUUUGUCAAUUUUUGUGACAAUAAUGAUUUGUUUCUAAAUGCUGAUAAAUGUACUUUUAUUAGACUCACCCGGAACAAAUCUCUCAUAGAAUACCGGUACCAAAUCAAAAAAAUACCUUUUAAGGAAACGGAUAUAGUGAAGGACCUAGGAGUCCUCAUAGAUGCAAAAAUGACUUUCCAACCACGCAUAGAAAACUUGACUUGCGAAUCAAACAAAUUGUUGGGAUUUAUCUGUCGAAUCUGCAGGGAUUUCACGAGUGCAAGAGCCAUGACAUCACUAUAUUAUUCAUAUAUUUAUAACAAGUUGAACUUUGCUUCCGUUAUAUGGAACCCUCAGUAUAUUACAUACAUAAAUCGAAUUGAAAGUGUACAAAAUAGAUUCCUGAAGAGAUUAAGUUUUAAAAUCGGCAAUCCGGUCCGUGACGGAAACUAUGAUCAUAUUAGACAACAUUUCAAUAUCAUGACCUUAAAAAGUAGAAGAAUGAUGUCCGACGUGUGUCUUAUAUACAAAAUAUUCAACAAUGUUGACUGUCCCUAUUUGCUUUCAGGAAUAAAUAUUAAGAUAGAAACUACCGCCAUUCCAAGUUUUUCAGGAUUCCCUUCUGUAGAACGAAUUUAGGAGUCAACUCACCUGUAAUUAGGGGCCAGAGGGUGUUUAACGAUACCUCUAUAAACUUGGACAUUUUUUUGGUUAGUUUUAACAAGUUUAAAGCAACGGUAAGGAGGCAGCUUACGUAGGAUAGUAUCAUACUACUUAAUUGUUUGUUUGCUGUGAUACUGUUGUCAACCAUUAAUACUUUUAUAUAGUAUUUUAUAUGUUAUGUUAUCAAAGCUGUCUAGUAACGUGCUGUGUUUGUGUUUUUUGGUGACUAGUGCGAUUCAUGGAAUAGUGUAAUUCUGUAAUUGAUGCAUGCUAAUUUUUAAAAAAUUAAAUUUUAAAUUUAUAUCGUUAUAUAUAUAUAUAUAUA